AUGGACCGUGACUUUUACUCGUUCGUCGCAGCAUGUGACGUUCAUGAGCCGGUCAGCUUGCGCAUCGUGCGAUUAGGCGGCCGUUUGGAUGUGUGCACGCCCUCCAAGCUAUGGGACGAGCCUGGUCUUCGAUUCCAUAGCAUACACGCCACGGCAUCAUCCACCUCCCUUUGUGUGCGCUGCGAGUUGUAUGCGGAUAACAAAGCGCUUGCGCCGCCUAUCUAUACAAGCCUUAGCUCGCCGUCAAACGGCGCACAUGUGUGGGGAGAGUGGAUCACAUUCGCAUAUCGGAUCUGUGAUCUGCCUCUUACGGCACAGCUUGCCUUCACUGUGCUCGAUGUCGCCGGUAUUGCAUCUGAAACAGAGGUGGGCGGUAUGACGCUGCCUCUAUUUGGGAAGCGCGGCGCUCUACGUCGUGGCACAAAGCGAUUGCGGCUGUGGCGCCGUGUGGCUGCUGAUCCUCACGCACCUUCGACCACACCUUACAGACACGACGACGUCCCUAGUAUUGCCCGACUUGAUAAGCUGUUCAAACGGUAUCAGCGCGGCAUCACACCCCCUGUGGAAUGGCUCGAUGCCCAUACAUUGCCGCUUAUUGAAAAGACGUACGAAAACCACGUCGAUACCUCGGCUGAUCUGCUUCUGAUUGUGGACCUUCCUGCGUACGAGCUCCCUGUCGUGUAUGGAGAACCUGAGUUGCCCAUCGUGCCCAGUCACACGUCGUCUACCUCUGCUUCGGUUUCCGCUGAUGCUGAACAUAAUGUUGCUGCAGGCAUAAGACCAGCGUGGCUUCGGCCUUCUUUGUUCACACAUUCAGAUCCCGAAGGCAUGUGCGAGAAUCUGGUCGAGUCGAAGCACCGUCGACUCGUGCGGGGCCAACGCUCCGCAACGUUGGAUCGCGAACGCAAGCCCACGGCAUCCGUCCGUGAUACUUUGCGAUCGAUCCUCCUGUAUCCCCCAACUCGCGUACUCACAACGGAAGAAAUGGACCUUGUCUGGGCGUUCCGUUUUUACCUCACUCGAGAUCCAGCUGCAUUGACCAAGUUUGUCAAGUCUGUUGUUUGGACUGAUGCCCAGGAAGCAUCACAGGCUACGGAGGAACUGCUUCCGAUAUGGGCGGAGCCACAGAUUGCGGACACACUCGAAUUACUUGGCCCUUCGUUCCUGCAUCUCCAAGUUCGUGCGUACGCAGUCCGUCAGCUUCAUCGAGCCAGCAAUGAACAGCUCGCACUGUACCUUUUGCAGUUGGUCCAGGCGCUCAAGUUUGAGGAAUAUUCUUGGCAUGCUGCUAGCGAAACGCAACGUGCUGCUGUGUUGCAGCAGCAACAGCAGGAACAGGAACAUGUGAUACAGGAUUCGGCGAUCGAGACACGACGACGGCCGCCAAUGCCGUCUAGUGAACCAUCUGUUCGACUCGUCGACCUUCUUUGCUCGCGCAGCACACAGUCAACUGCGUUGGGGACCAGGUUUUAUUGGUAUGUGGCCGUGGAGCGAUGUGAUAGUCAGUAUGGCGAGCUAUUUGCUCGUGUUGAGCAGCAGCUUCAUGCUGCACUUGAAGCGCACAAUGCGCCAUUGCUGACAAUGCUAGAGAGGCAGCGCCACUUUGUACAGAUGCUAGCGACGAAGAAUGCAGAGCUACGCGUGUCACGAGAUACACGACCAAAAAAGAUCGAGAAGCUGCGAGCUCUCUUAGCAGACCGCAAAGCAGGUCUGCGAACACUGGAUCCACCGCUUUCAUUGCCGCUGGAUCCUGAUGUGUGCAUCACCGGUAUCGCAGUAGAAAACAGCACAGUGUUUAAGAGCAAUCUAUUUCCAUGGCGCCUCGAGUUCCGCGUCGAUGACGACAUUUCGACGUACACAGUCAUUGUCAAGAAUGGCGACGAUCUCCGACAGGAUCAGCUCGUGCUUCAGCUCUUUGCGCUCAUGGACAGUCUGUUGCGUGACGAACAUCUCGACGUUUGCAUCACGCCAUACCAUGUGCUAGCCACCAGUCCCCAUGAUGGUCUGGUACAAUUUAUACCCAGUAUGAGUGUGGCUGAAGCCGUGGCAAAACAUGGGGACCUACUAGGCUACCUGCGGUCUAAGCAUCCAGACUAUCGGAACGCCACGACAUUUGAUGUCCUGCCACAGGUCCUCGAUACAUUUGUGCGAAGUUGUGCUGGCUACUGUGUUAUUACGUACCUAUUGGGUGUCGGCGAUAGGCACCUCGACAAUCUCAUGCUCGCUACCGAUGGACAUUUCUUCCACGUGGACUUCAGCUACAUUCUUGGUCGCGAUCCGAAACCCUUUCCACCACCUGUCAAGGUAUGCAAGGAAAUGGUCGAUGCUAUGGGUGGUGCUUCUUCCGUGUAUUACAUGCGUUUCAAGAAACUAUGUCACAUAACAUUUGCGUGUCUACGAAAAAAUGCCAAUUUGAUCCUCAACCUGGUGUCUCUCAUGGUGGAGGCUAAUAUUCCGGACAUCCGUGCGGAACCUGACAAAGCCGUCUUGAAAGUGCAGGAAAAGUUCCUGCUUGAUGUUUCGGAAGAGCAAGCAGUCGCGCACUUCGAGUCCUUGUUGAGUGAUACCUCGUACCUAUCGACGCAAUAUUUCCGACAAUAG